AUGAAUCUACUCACCAAAUCUGAAGCAAGAAUUGAAAUUAAUGGUAGAACUACUAUACCCUUUGAGAUCAAAAGAGGAGUUAAACAAGGAGAUCCACUAUCACCCACACUGUUCGUCCUUGUAAUAGAGGCUUUAGCUAGAAAAAUUUUACAAGAUGAUCGAAUUACUGGCCUUCCUCUAAACAACAGCAACCACAGAGAGAAAUUCCAAAGCUUUGCAGACGACUCGGCUUCAAUGGUCCCAGACUCUCAACAACUUGAAUUAGUACUACAACACUUCAAUUCAUUUUGCAAAGCCACUUCCUCAAAACUUAACAUCGACAAAUCUUCAUCAAUUCUUAUAGGCAACCCAGACAAUACCAACCAAAGAAUUCCAAUAUCUACAAAUCCAGAAAGAUACUUGGGAUACUUCUUCACAGGUAAAGGGAUAACAAGAAAAAUGCCAGAAAUAUUAAACACAAUAAGAUCAUCCUUAGUACUAUGGAAAACCACUGACUCAACAAUAAAAACCAAAACCAACAUCCUCAAAGCAUUCGCACU